UCGGCUCCGCUCUUCUUCCCCGCGAAAACCAAAAACCAAUUCCAAUUUGGAGGGACAAAAAUUCCAGGCGUAGCGUGCUAGCUAUCCGGAGAUACGCACGCCGAACGCCGGCCAAGCCGCUGCCGUUUCGCGAUGGGGAACCGACGAUUUGCGCAAGUCUCCACCAGCGACGAGGAAGACGAAGUGCCGGCACCGAAGCAGCAGUCUUCCAAUUCAGACGAUAACUUGCCAAUUCGGAGGAAGAGGAAGAAAAUGAAGCUUCAAGAGGAGGAGGAGGAGGAAGGGGAUGAUAGGAAUCGUAGGAGUAGAAGAAGUAGUAAUAAGGGAGAGAAGGUGGUAGAGGCGUCUUCUAAACAGCAGCAGGGGGAAGAUGAAGAGGAGGAUGAUCAGCCGCAGGAGGAUGCAAAGCCGAUUGGGGACGCCGUUAGGGUUUCUGGCAAAGGGAGGGGGCGGAAGAGCCAUUACAAUGCAUUCGAAUAUGAUGGGAACAGAUACGACCUUGAGGAUCCGGUACUUCUAGUUCCUGAGGACAAGGAUCAAAAACCUUAUGUAGCAAUUAUUAAGGAUAUUACUCAGAACAAAGAUGGCAUGAUGGUCACUGGGCAGUGGUUUUAUCGUCCUGAAGAAGCUGAAAAAAAGGGUGGUGGAAGUUGGCAAUCACAUGAUACUCGAGAGCUGUUUUAUAGUUUCCACCGUGAUCAGGUUCCUGCAGAAUCUGUUAUGCACAAAUGUGUUGUGCAUUUUGUUCCCUUGCAUAAGCAGCUUCCAAUUCGUAAACAGCAUCCUGGAUUUAUUGUGCGAAAAGUGUAUGACACAGUUGAAAAAAAACUUUGGAAGCUAACUGAUAAGGACUAUGAAGACUCUAAGCAGCAGGAAAUUGACGAACUUGUUAAGAAGACUAUGUCUCGGUUGGGAGAUCUCCCUGAUAUUGAGCCUGAAGAUGCUCCAGCUGAUCAGGAAGAUCAGUUGAAAAAUAAAAGGAGUUUCAAAAGAAAAAAUAUUUCUCCUCUUGAUGUUACAAGAGAUGAAGCAGAUGCAACCAGAUUGGAUCACGGUUUAAAGGCUGAAACACCAGGAAGUUGUACAACUAACCGAUCGGAGUACUACUCCAUAUUAGAAAUAUCUGAUGUUCUAACAGGCGAAACUCAUCGAGAUAAAUGGUUGGAAAAACUUCUGGAGGGGGUUCAGUACAUAUGUUAUUCUCCUGAGAACGUACGUGAAGAUGAUGUAGGAAAAGGUGCUGCUAAUGGUGUAAACCAUGAAGAUAAGCAUCCAGAACCUACAAUUACAGCACAUAACAAUUCUAAGAGCUGCAAGCCUUUUCUCUGGCCAGAUGCAGCUGUUCCGGCAAUAACUGCUCUUGAGAAGGUUUCCAAUGAUGCUCUUUCUGCUGAUUUUCAGAAGUAUAACCAAAAAAUGCGGCAGCUUGUAUUCAACCUCAAGAAUAAUCGUUUACUAGCUCAACGGCUGUUGAAUGGAGAGUUGGAGCCGUCGAAAAUCCUGAAUAUGUCACCUAAUGAGCUCAAGGAUGGAUUGACUGCUGAGGAGACAGCAGCAAAUAAGGAGCCUGAUGAGUCUGAGCGUAUGCAGAUGACAGAUGCUCGGUGUUCAAGAUGCACAGAAUGUAAAGUUGGUGUAAGGGAUAUCAUCCAAACAGGACAUGGAGAACGAUAUAAGUUGGAGUGCAUUGCAUGUGGUCAUUCUUGGUAUGCUUCCAGGGAUGAACUAUCUAUGCUGACAAUAGACGCAGCAGCUACCUCUGCAAAGAGCGUUGGCACCGCACCAUGGGCAACUGCCAAAUUCGAAGAUGUGGAGAAGAGUCUACUCAGUCCCCGUGAGCCUGACAAAGCGGCUGAGGACCUCAUCAAAAAGAUGAGUGAAGCGUACAUGCCUGUAUUGGAUAGUCAGAAAUCUAACAAGCCUAAAAAGGAUGAUAUCACAGAACCUGCUAAAAAUGCACAGUAAGGAGUUCGCUGACCUUGUUCUGUGUCUCAUUUACACUUAGGAUCAGUCUGUGUACAGUUAAACUGGUUGCCGUAUGUAUCUAAGUUCUCCCACCCUCUUGUCCAUCACCUGGAGCUCUCGUGAAGUUGUUAGCUAGGUUUAUAGCUUAAAUUUAUAACCAACCCCGACCUUUUACGCACAUUCCAUGUUUAUACUUCUUUCUUGCUUAGUAUAUGGUAUUAGUUCGACGAAGAGGUAUUUAAAUUUCCAAAUGGUCCUUCAUGACAUGCUUAUCCCUUAAGAAUGUUGGGGUACUGUCAUCCCAUAGCUUUUCUUGGUACAUUCAUGAAUUAGAUUUUGCUUCAGUUGAUUUCUCUAAUGGUAGGUUUCAAAAUAUUUAGCCUACUGCGAAGUGGGCAAGGAAA